AUGACAGCUGGAACUACAGACGAUGAUUCUGUAUCAUUAUAUCUUAAAUAUGAAAAUGAAUUUAAUCGUAUUACUACAUCAGAUAUACAUAAUACUGGAGGAUCCGGAGGGAAUCCUGGACAAAAAUGUAUGGAUAUUGCAGAUGGAGAUUUUAUUGAUCCAUGCCAACAGAUUGGUAGAUACUUAAUUGAAAUAAAGCAAAAACACAAUUCUAAUAGCCCUGAACGUUGUAAAUACUUGAACUAUAAAAUAAAUGCAGAAGAUAGUUAUAAGAAACCUGAUUUGUUCGAGAUAUAUAAAAAAUUUUCGUCCAAAAUAGGAAAUGUAUGCAAAGACGAAAUAAAAACUAUUCCGCAGAAUUCUUUAGGAAAACUUAAAGAACUAUAUAGCUAUUAUGAAAAUUUCAGCAAAUUUGAUGGUAAGGACAAAGAUUCCGAUGGUCAUAUUUGUAAUGAUAUUAAUAAUCUUUAUAGCUUUUAUAAUAACAAUUACGAAGAAUGUCAAAAAAAUAGUGAUGACGCUUUUUGUGAGGAGUUAUCCAAUUUUAAGGAAGCAUAUGAACAUAAAAUGAAAAUGUUAACUCCAUGCGAUCGUUUACCAAAAACUUUAACCCCAAUAUUACUACAACCAUCAUCACCUGAAGAAACAGAUCAAGUAUUUAUUCCCAGUCUAACAACGGCUCUCAUAUUACUAAUAUCUUUCACUUUAUUUUUUUUAUAUAAGUUUACUCCAUUGAAAUCGUGGUUACAUACUCAUUUGCGAAAGAAAAAAAUAAUUGAAUUUAACAAUAUUACAAAAGAAAAAAGAGAAUCCUUACAAAACACACAAGAAUAUAUAAACAUAAGUUAUGACGAAAACCUUCAUAAUAUAGGCUACCAUCCUCAAAGAGAAACUUAA